AAUGUAACUGUAACAAACCCACAGGUUCCCACACUACAGACUCAGAGAGACCUUCGACUGCCGACUCUAAAGUUGAUGGUUCAACUACAAAUGACAGCGAAACAACUCCUUUUAAGGAACCGGUCAAACGAAAGAAAUCAAAAAAAGUUCACCGAAGAAAAUCCGCCACCACAGAAGAAAGUGAUGACGAUAAAAAAAGUCUGGAGCAAUCUGUGAAGAAGUUUGCUCGCAUCAAGAGUUUUGCAUCUGAUGAUCAAAUCUCAUCAUCCUCGCAUGUUGAACAAAAUGUUGGCAAAAAUAAGUUUCAAUCUGAUCCAGUUCCUCUGGAAGAGCCAAUCUCCAACAUCCAAGCUGAUGUAGUAAGUUCAACUUCUGUGACUGAUGAGAAGAAGCAAGAUGUUGCUCCUCCUGCUCCCAAUCCUGAGCCCGAGCAACCUCCAAAGUUUGUUGUGUCUUCUUUGAUGAAAGAACGGAUCUUGGAAUCCAAAGUAAACAGAGCAUACAAGACAUUCAUUCAACGCCCAACCACCACCCAACGCAGGGAAUUGAACUUAAUAGCUGAAGGUAGCAGUAAACUACCAGUGGCUGAGCAAAUCACCAACUUUUGCAAGAAACAUCUUCUAAUGGGAAAAGAGAAUUUUGUCGCAAAGAAAAUACUGAAAUCUCGCACGGAUAUAUUGAAGCCUGAAGUUUAUUCUGCCCUAAUUAUGAUUGUAAAGGGGGUUGAAACAACCAGUCAAAGUGAGAUGUCAUCAGAUGAAAAAGGGAAAUUAAUCAACCAGAAAAAAACAGAAACAGGAAAAAUACAGACAUUGGAAAAACCACAAACCGCUCCUGAAACAAAAAAAAAAAGCAUUAAUGAUAAGAAACCCAGUGUUCCACGUGCAAGAGUUGUUCAAGCACCAGCUAUUCAAACAGAGGAAAAAGUCAUUGCUAAAAUAACAUCAACCAGUGUUAAACGUCAUAUACUUCCCGAAAAAACAGCUGUGUCUUUAAAAUCAAAAGCAAAUCUAAAAGAAGAAGUGUUACCUGAGAAGUCCGUUGAGAUGGAUUCUGCUCCGGAUGUAAAAAAGUCCUCUAACAUCCAGAAGGAGAUUGCUAUUGACUAUGAUCAUGUUGUGAACAUGUUUUCCUCUGAUGAUGAUGAUCUAAAAGAGAAAAAAAGUCAAGUUGAUGUGACGAGUAAAAAUGUUGAACAUAUACUGGUUGUUCCGGAUGUAAAAGAAGAGCAGCUGAUAAAUGUUCCUGAGAUAAAAGAUGUCCGGAAGAUUCGGACUCGUUCUGUGAGUAAAUCAUGUUCUGAAACAUCGGACACUUGUUCUGUGAAAGCAAAGAAAGUUGUGAAGACAAAGUCACUCACAGAGACAACUCCUAUCAGUCCGGAUGUAAAAAGUCUUCCACGAUCUAUGAAGAAGUUAAAAGAGAAGCGCAGAAGAUCUUCGGAUGUCUUCUUUUCCUUGAACCAAGAACCAAAACCAAAACUGAUGAAACAGAAUUUUGUUAAAGAAACUGUUCCGGAAACGGAAAAAGUUUCAGAUUUGUUUAAAAUUACUAACGAUAAAAUAAAAUCUAAAGAAAAAAAGGAGAAAAAUAAACUAAAAAAAAGUUUUCCAAGGGUACACCCUGCUCUCAUAUCUCGUGAGUCUUUACCGUUCACAGUUGGGAGUAAUAGUCCUCUUCCUCACAUCCCACCCACUCCCGCAUCCCCGGACUUUUCCUUUGCUCCCUUUGUUCCGGAUGUUGAAGAUGUAAUGGAGGAAGGUCUUGAUCAGGAAGAAGUGUUUCCAUCGGACAUGAGUGAAGAUGCAAAACUCCAAAUCAUCCUAAAAGAAAUGGAAUUCCCUCUUCCCGUACAAUUAUCCCCUCUGAGCUUAAACAAGCGUAUGUCGAUGGAAAAAGACGAGUUUGACUUCCCUGCUCUUUUGGAUGAUGUAGAAAUGACCAAAGAUGAGGAUUUGGAUGUUGAAGAAGAAUCUAGGAUCUCAAUUUCCCCGAGCGCUGAUCUCUGCACUGCUCUUAACUUUGGCUCUCAAUCGACACAGAAAGCAAGCAAGCAAAAGAAGGCUUCAAAAAAAUCCAAAAUAAAGCAGGAGACCAAAGUCACUGGAACUGUCAACAUGAACCCUGUUGUUUCCCUGCAAAGAGUCGACCUUCGAGACACACCUCGGCGCUUCAGUUGCGAGGCCCCUGUGCGUGCACGCGCAGUGCCCACUAUAAAACCUGUGGUAAAAAAUCCACCCUCAGAUCCUUCUAUAAUUAGCAAUCAACCUGCUGUAGGAGCUCAGACUGUGAGUUGGAGACCAGAUUCUUCAUUCAAAGCAUUCAAUCCAAAAGACACAACAAGCUUAGUUUCUAAAGAGAAAACCACCAGUUCAGAAAGUGAUAAGAAAACCUCAUUUAAUUCGCCGCAGAAUCUUUCUAAAGGUCAAGCAAUCAGUAAAGUAAAAGAAAAUCCGCAUUCUUCCGGAAAUUUACCUAAAACUCCAUCAGUUGAAGAAAAAGAUGAUCAUUUUGCUCCUGAUGUAUCCAUGUCUUCUGAGAAUUUCAAAGAUGACAAUGAGUCUGAAACUCCUCUGACUCUUCUGGAUAAGCUACAAGCUUCAUCAUCAAGCAAAGAUCCCACACUAAAGACAACGCCACUCAAAGCAGUAAGAGAGAGCAGUCAAGAGAUGGAUGGAAUUUUUAAACAGCUCCAGUGUUACGCAACAAAUUCCUCAAAAAAUUCCAACAACCUACCGUGCAGCACUGUUGUUUCGUGGGUUGCCGCUGUUGCCAUGCACACUUUCAGUUUUGAUGUAAACAAAGCACUGGAAGCUAAAGCUGAUACCAAAGACCCAACCUGUUACAUGCAUCCAGUAGAAGCAGAAUUUGUUCAAAGAGUUUUAGUCAUGGAGAGAGUUAGAACAAAAACACGGAAGGGAUUAAUAAAGUCAACUGUCCUGCCUGUACUUAUGAGGAUUAUAUGCAGAUACGGCCAAAGUCUGUACUCCGUCAAAACAUUGUUCUCAAAGACUCCGGUUUUUGACAUUCUGUCUCCGAUCCUCAUCAACUCGGAGCUCCCGAUGCCGUAUCUUCAAUCCGUGAUCCGAAUAUUUUGCUCUAUGUCCCGAGGACUUGGAUGCGGGAGGUACGUGAUGGAGAUCUGCAGAUACGGGAUCAUAUCUCGAUCUUCGAAUGAUGUUAGCACGAUUAUCGCGACCGCAAUUAUCUGCUGGCCGAGUCUGUUUACUCAACACUACCCCCUAAGUGGGAAAAUUGUCGUCAGUUCUCUUUUGCAUCGUAUUUUGUCAACUCAACUUAAUACGACAAAAAAAGAAAACCAGCUCAAACUGUUCACCAGUCUUCUUAAUUUACUCGGUUGGCCCAACACACAAGAUGUCAAAACGCUGGAGAAAAAUUGUAUUGAAUGUUUGAAUGCUUGCUUUGACCGAAUCAAGGCCGCAAAACUGGUUAAAAGUGGAUCAUUUUCAAAAUUGGAAGUGGAAAAUAUAGAUGACGUUUACAUUGCCCUACAAAUACUCGUUGCAAUGAAAGGAAUCGAUUUUCUUGAAAAAAAUAUCAUAAUGGAAGUUUUCUGGCCUUUACUUUCACCAAUGGAGUCAUCACUUGGUGAUGAAUUUGAAUGAAGAAGCAAACAAAGAAGUUUCAGAUGCUUGUAUGAUAGGAGUACUUCGUGGCUUGUCUGCUUGCUUUCUUGUUCUAAUCACAACUCAGAAAGUGAAACAUCCUGAUCAAAACAUCCUAAAUGCAGCUGUUACACAUUUUGAUACGUUGUGUGCUCUGCUGCAGAACUUUACCACUAACUAUAAGAAUACAGCCCCAGUUACUAUCCAAUGCGCCACUGCUGCAACCGUGCUGUCACUAUCUUUUUGUAAUGCUGAGUCUGCAUACAUGGCCAUAUAUAGCUGGCUUAUGGCAACAAAAUCCAGCAAUACUGGAGAAUCUCGUUCUGGCCCGCACCCCUACCAGGCCCAACUUACAGAAUUUUACCACGAAGGGUCACUUCGUAAGAUCGUGUCGUGGCUAGAAGGACAGCGCAAAACUUUUAAAGAUAAAAAAGUCAAAAAAUCUUUGACCCCUGUUAUUUGGGGGUAGCGUCAUUUUCGUUUAUUUUCACUGUGAGCAUGAAACUCUUAAUAAAUUUCAACCACUGCC